CUGGUCACACUGCAUGACAUUGAGUUGACUUUUGGUUUGGUUUUUUUAAUUACAAUUACAUUUUAUUUGCAAAGAACGGACAGAAAAUACAUUGAUAUUGAUUGUGGCAACUCGCGUUACUUCACAUACGACUUCUCAUCGAGAAUGAGAUGGAUUGCAAGUGCUGACGACGUUUCUAGCGGGUUCUAGGGGUUCAUGAAGCGUGUGGUCGCAGUGGUCGGGUCGGUUGGUCAUCCUCCUCUGCCUCUGUGAGAGGCGCCUCUCACGGCCGUGAGACAACAAUUGCAUGCGUGCGUGCCCUGGCUGCCCCACAGACCACAACAAACGAUUCUAAAUUAUUGACAGAGACAGCACACACAUAGGCGAGAUGCGUUCACGUAGCAAUUCGGGCGUCCGCUUGGACUACUAUCAGCGGAUUGUUCAUCGCCUUAUAUUGGCGCACCAGGAGCCGGUGACCGGCCUAUUUCCUGCCUCCAAUGUCAACUCGCAUGCAUGGAUACGCGACAAUGUGUACUGCAUCCUGGCCGUUUGGGGCUUGUCGAUGGCCUACAAGAAGAUAGCCGAUCAGGAUGAGGAUCGUGCCAAAUGCUACGAGCUGGAGCAGAGCUGUGUGAAGCUAAUGCGCGGCCUGCUCAUGGCCAUGAUGAACCAAAAGGACAAGGUCGAAAAGUUCAAGAUGACCCAGAGCCCCUACGAUUCGCUGCAUGCCAAGUACUCCAGCAAAAAUGGCCUGCCCGUGGUCGAGGAUGGCGAGUGGGGACAUCUGCAAAUCGAUGCCGUCUCUCUGUAUCUCCUGAUCCUGGCCCAAAUGACAGCCUCCGGUCUGCAGAUUGUCUUCUCCCUGGACGAGGUGUCGUUCAUACAGAAUCUGGUCUUUUACAUUGAAUCGGCCUACUCCAUACCCGACUAUGGCAUCUGGGAGCGUGGCGACAAGACCAAUCAUGGUGAGCCGGAAUUAAAUGCCAGCUCCAUUGGCAUGGCCAAGGCCGCCUUGGAGGCGAUGAACGAAUUGGAUUUGUUUGGGGCACGCGGCGGACCGGCCAGCGUCAUUCAUGUACUUGCCGAUGAGGCGCACAAAUGCCAGGCUGUGCUUCAGUCCAUGCUGCCACGUGAAUCCAACAGCAAGGAGCUGGACUCGGGCCUCCUGUGUGUGAUUGGAUUUCCCGCGUUCGCCGUGGACGAUGCCCAGCUGAUACACAACACCAAAGAUGCGAUUCUGUCCCGCUUGCAGGGUAAAUACGGCUGCAAGCGCUUCCUGCGCGAUGGCUAUCGCACACCCAAAGAGGAUCCCUCCAGGCUCUACUACGAGCGCUGGGAGCUGCGCAUGUUCGAGAACAUUGAGUGCGAAUGGCCGCUCUUCUUCUGCUACCUCAUCCUGUUCCAUGCAUUUCAAAACGACAAGCGCUCGGUGCAGGAGUAUGCCGAUCGUUUGGAGAAGAUAAUGGUCCGCUCCGAGGAUGGCACACUGCUGGUGCCCGAAAGCUAUGCUGUGCCCCAGGAUCUGGUGGGAUUCGAGUAUCAAAAACCUGGAUCACAGCUGCGCGAAGUUGUGGGCCGUUGUCCCUUCCUGUGGGGUCAAUCGCUGUUCAUUUUGGGCCGUCUCCUGCAGGAGGGCUUCCUGGCUGUGGGUGAACUGGAUCCACUGAAUCGUCGUCUGGGUGCCCAAAAGAAACCCGAUGUGGUCGUCCAAGUGGUGAUCAUUGCCGAGGACAAUGAGAUACGGGACAAGCUGGCCGAGCAUGAUCUGCAUGUCCAGACCAUAGCCGAGGUGGCGCCCAUUGAGGUGCAGCCCGCACGUGUCCUUAGCCAUUUGUACACGUAUCUGGGGCGCAAUCGGAAGCUCGGCCUCAGCGGUCGCAAGUCCCGUGAUGUGGGCAUACUCAGCACCAGCAAGUUGUACUCCCUGAAGGAUCGUAUAUUCGCCUUCACGCCGCAGCAUAUCGACUAUGAAGAAUACUAUACAACACGCGAUCCCGAUUUGCUUGCCAGCAAUUUUACCACAAAUUUAGCAUUCUUGACCAACAAUUGGCGUCACAUGUUGGGCAGGCCGACAAUUACACUAAUGGCAACCCACUAUAUGCUAGACCAGGACAAGAUACCGCUGGCCAUGAUCCAAACGAUGCGGAAACUCAAGUCUGGCUACAUCAACGGCACCCGCGUGAUGCUGGGCAGCCUGAAGGACUUUCUGAACACGUCGGCCAUCACGGACUUGAGUUUUCUGGGGAGCACCGAGGAUGGCUAUCCGGAUCGUCUGCAUCCCGAUGUGCAAACGUAUUUGGACGAGCAUCUUUUGCGAUCGUUUAGCAAUCGCAGCACAAUGAAUCUACGCGGCGGACAGCUGAGGCCACGGACUCUACGCCGUCGCAUGUCCUGCAAGGGAGCCAUUAAGAAGACGCGCUCCAUAAAUGUCGACUCCGAUAACCUUGGCAUGGAGGGACCCUCACCGCUCACAGAGCGACGACUAUCAUCGGUGGUGCCGCCGCCCUGGCUCCAGGCCAACAAGCAGAGCCAUGUCUCAGUGUUUGCCACCACGCCCGAGGAGGGGCCCAGCACACCGAGUCUUCUGCUGGGCAACGAGCUGGUCAUACGCGAGAACAUCUAUCCCGUGGAUCCACACGGACAGAAUCGUUCGGCCAUCGACAGGCGCAGCGAAUUCGUACGCCAGCAAGAGAUAACGGUGCCAAAAAUUCUCAUUCAACGCCAUCGGGCGGAAACCAAUUUCGCUGACACAGAAGUGGAGGAGCUGAUUGCCAUGCUGCGCGAAACGGAGAAUCUCGAGGAGCAGGGCGACAUACUCCAGUAUCUGGUCGAUACACAGGGCCUUGACUUUAAUACAGCUGGCUUGGGAUUUAAGAAUAAAUCGGAUGAUAAUGCCUCUGCCGUGGCCGGAGCUGGAGAGCUCGAGCAAGAAUUCGUGGACGAGGUGGUGCUCGGACUGGCUAAUGCUAAUGUUGCAGGUGGUGGUGGUGGUGGGGCAGAAGGUGCAGGUGCAGGUGCAGGUGGUGGUAGCAAGGGAAAGCCAAAGCUGCCCACAGUGAUCAUCGAUGAUGCUGCUGCUUCAAUUACAGCCACUCCGAAUGCCGCCAAGGACAAAGCCAAUGCCACUUCGACGCCCAAAACGACAACGGCGCCUGGAGGAGGUGCCGCUGCCGCUGCCGCAUCCACCGCCAAUAUCAGCAGCAGCAGCAACAUCAGCAACAGCAGCAACAGCAGCAGCAGCACGACUAACAAUUGCAACAACAGCAGCAGCCUGAAUCUGAAUGUGAAUCCGUCUAACAACGAUUCUUCUCACUCUGAAGGAAUGCUGGAGGAGGGACGCGUGGUCACCGUACGUGACCUGCUCAAGGGCCUCUACGAGAAGGCCUGCCAGCAGAAGCUCUGGGGACUGGUGCGCCACACGGCCGGGAUGUUGGGUAAACGUGUAGAGGAUCUGGCCAAGGCCGUCACCGAUUUGCUGGUGCGUCAGAAGCAGGUCACCGUGGGCAUGCCGCCGAACAACGAGCACACCAUAACGGCACCCCUGCCGGAGGGCGAGCUGCGUCAACUGAUACACGAUGCCUAUGGAGAUGAUGAGAGCACAGCAAUGCUCACCCAGGAGCUGAUGGUCUAUCUGGCCAUGUUCAUACGCACCGAGCCGCAGUUGUUUCACGAAAUGUUACGCCUGCGCGUUGGCCUGAUCAUUCAGGUGAUGGCCAAGGAGCUGUCACGCACCUUGAACUGUGACGGUGAGGCGGCAUCGGAGCAUUUACUUAACCUCUCGCCCUUCGAGAUGAAGAAUCUCCUCUAUCACAUACUCAGCGGCAAGGAGUUUGCUGUCAGCAGUGUGGCCCGGGGCAAUCUGUCGAUUGUCAGCUGCAAGAGCAGUCGCGUCAGCAAGAAGAGCCAGAUUGGUCUGGGUGAUCCCGAGGGCGAGGAUGCUCUAAUUGCGACCAUCGAUGAUCGCCAGGGUCAGUGGCUGCGUCGUCGUCGCCUCGAUGGCGCCCUUAAUCGUGUGCCGCGUGAUUUUUACUCGCGCGUCUGGACGGUGCUGGAGAAGUGCCAGGGCCUGGCCAUCGAGGGACGUGUGCUGCAGCAGAGUCUCACCCAGGAGAUGACGCCCGGCGAGCUUAAGUUUGCCCUCGAGGUGGAGACGGCCCUCAAUCAGAUACCACAGCCCGAGUAUCGCCAGCUGGUGGUCGAAGCCCUCAUGGUGCUCACCCUGGUCACCGAGCACAAUAUGGUGCCCACACUGGGUGGCAUCAUUUAUGUGGAGCAUCUGGUCCACAAGGCCAAUCAAUUGUUCCUCGAGGAUCAGCGUAAGGUCCAGGGCGAUGCCACCCUGUGUUGUGCCAAGAUCAAGGAUGGAAAGGAGCAGCAGCAGGCCGCUUCGGGAAUGUUACUCUGUGGCGGUGCGGCCUAUAUUUGUCAGCAUCUGUACGACAGUGCUCCCAGCGGCAGCUAUGGAACCAUGACAUACAUGUCCCGUGCCGUCGCACUUGUAUUGGACUGUGUGCCCAAGCAUGGGGAAAUGGAGUGCGCCAUUUCCUAGGGCCCAUCCCCCACCAAAAAGCAAACGGAUCUGCGACCACUUAAUGCCAAUUUUUGCAACUUUUGGAAACGUCCUCUCUCUCUCUCUUUCUCAGUCACUCAACCCUCUAUCUAUCUAACUAUCUAUCUCUCUCUCUCUGUGUGUGUGUAUAAUUUUAACCCAGAGGCCGAUUGUAUAUAUUUGAAAGACCUCUUUGCCCAUAAUGCCCUUUUAUUUUUGUUUUUCUUGCGUGUUUGUUUGCUCUAACCAAAAAAA